UGCCAUGGCAAUCCCAGGGCUUCGCGACGCAUCUUCUCCUCUUUCUCUUGCAGCCGCCUUUGCUGCUUUGGGUCCGGAGGGAAAGGGCCGGGGUGUCGGAGGGCAGCCAUGGAGGGCGGGGGCAGCCACGCCACCACGGCCACGACCACGACCACGGUCAGCAGCGCCUCCUCGGCCGCCUCGGUCCUGGCCGAGCUGCAAUGGGACAACGGCUUCGCCAUCCCGGUGGCCAACGCCGAGAACAAAGCCCUGGAGGAAGAGGUGCAAAAGAUGGAGAAAGAGAAGGGAAACAUGCAAAACCAAUUGACGGAUUGUGAAGACCGCAUUGCCGCCAUGACCUCCCACUUGAAGAAUGUCAAACAGGAGUUUAAUUUGACACAGUCUCUUUUCAGAGCCAGGCAGAAUGAAAUUGAAACCGAGCAGCAUUUUAAAGCUCUGGCAGAGAGAGAAGUGGGGCGCCUGAAAAGUGAGAUCCAAAGGCUGGAGAAUGAGACGGUUUCAUUAAGAGAGAAGAAAAAUAGCCAAGAAAAUAAUGUCUUCAAAGUGACUGAGAAGAUGGAUGCCUUAAGAUGCCAAAUGAACUGUGACCAACACUCUUUGGAAACUUGGCUUGAAGAAUCAUCUAAGAGAGACAACGAUCUACUUACAAUCCAGAAGUAUGCACAGCAAGACGAUGGCAAAUUAGGAGUGUUGACUCUCCAGAUAGAAAUGUUGACUGUGCAGUGUAAUAAAAAGCGCAGAAUUCUUGACAACGAGCUUACAGAGACUUUAGCCUCUCAGAUCGAGCUGGAUAAGACAGCUGAAGAUUUCCGCAGGGUUCACCAAGAAAGACAAGAACUGAUCAAACAGUGGGAAAACACCAUACACCAAAUGAAGAAGCGGGAUGAAGAAAUGGAGAGCUGUGCCUUGCUUUUAGCACGGUCUAGACGGGCAAUCCGUGCCAAGCAAAGUGUACUUAAAGACAAGAUCCAGUUUUUGGCAAAUGAGAGUGGCAAUAAUGUGGAGUACGAGAAGAGAAUUGCCAUAACGGAGCGAUUUGCUACCAAACUAAGACUGGACUACCAAAAAGAGGAAAACAAUCGCAUUCAGUUCCAGGACGAGUUGGAUACACUGAAAGCUACUUUGGAUGGAACUGCUUCUGAACUUGAAUUCGUGAGAAUGAAUAUAACUAAUCUUAAAAAGGAAGCACAGGAGAAAACAAUAAGAUUCAAUGUGAUUAGGGAACAGAACAAUAGUCUUACGAAUAAACUGAAAUUUGUGACAAACAAAGCACUGAGUUCAGAAGAAAAAGCAAGUAGGAUGGAAGAGUUACUGAAAGAGAAGGAGAAAAAUGUCAAGGAGAAAGAGGUCCAAGCAGAUCAACUGAGAGACACACAUUUCAAGAAAACAAAAGAGUUGAAAGACCUUCAAGACAAAGUAAAAGGUGUCACAGUUGAAAUUGAUGGACGCCGAGGACAGAUGAAAAAUCUUCACAGCCGAUUGGCCCAUCUGUUUGCAGAGACACUUAAGCAACAAGAGCUCAUUUAUAACCAGGAUUUCUAUAUACAGCAAGUGGAGAGGAGGCUGUCACGCAUGGAGGGAGAGCUUAACACAGACGAGAGACAAGUUUUGGAAGAAAAAGUUGCAGAACUUUCAAAAAUAGCAGAUGAAAAGAAGCAGGCAUACAACACUUUGCAGGCUCAGCAGAAGAAACUCCAGGGUGACAUUCAUUUUAUCAAGUUGGCUAUGAAUAAGACUGGAGAAGAAAUGGCAGGUUUGCAAACCCGUGUAGAUGAGCUGAACCUUUUCACUGACAAAUCAGAGAAGCUACUGAAAAAAGCCAGAGCCGAUAAGCAGGACAUGAUGAUUGAAGAUAAUCUCCUGAAGCUGGAGCUGAAACGGGUCAGAGAUAUCUUGUACAAUAAGGCAGAGAAAGUUGUCUCCCUAGAAAAACAGAAGCAGCAGUUGAAGGCAGCAAUGGAUCAAAGAAUUGCAGACAUCAAAGUUCACCAAGCAAUGAUUGAGACGCAGAUAAGAGUGAUGGAACAGGAGCGUCAGACUUUGAGCUUAGAGUUUCAUGAGCGACUGAGCAAAAUUGAGAAAUUGAGGGGGAGAUAUGAAAUUAUUACUAUUGUAAUGAUGCCCCCAGAAGGAGAAGAAGAGAAAACGCAUACUUACUAUGUCAUCAAGGCUGCCCAGGAAAAGGAGGAUCUUCAGCGUGAAGGAGACGCAUUGGAUGCAAAGAUCCAAAAUGCUGAGAAAGAAUGUGUUGCCUUAGAAAAUACUUUGCAUGUGCUUAAUAACUGCAAUAGCAACUACCGGGACUCAUUCAGGAAAGUCACAGAGAACACUGAAGAACAUCAAGAGAAGAUUAAAUUGGAAGAAGAAAAAAGAGCUGCUGAUGAAAAAUACAGGUACAAGAGAAGGCAGAUUAAGGAGCUCCAGGAGGAUAUCCAGACCAUGCAGGGUAAUCUGGAUUCCCUCUUAAAAGAUGAGGCUCUUUACAGAGAGAAGAGAGCAGAGAAAAACGUAACUGUGUCACGCUUAUCCAGAGAAGUAGAUGAUCAGCAGCCCAAACUGGAAAGAGUCAGAAAACAGGUUGCUCGAUUAACAAGAGAGAUCCGAGCAUUUAAAAAAACUGAUUCAGAAACACAGGAAGAAAAAGACAUUGAGCUUCGUGCGCUGAAAGACUUCACUAGAUCCAUUGACAAAAUGCUCCUCGAUCUUUCAGUGACGCAUCCGGAGUUAAACACAGCUUUUCAGAGAUACUUUGAGCAGGCUUCCAUGCCAUUUCCAACACAUUCCUGCUCUCGUCUUAGUUUGCGGUCAUCUAGUCAGAGCUCGUCAUCUUCAGGCAUGUCCCCUAGGAGUUCGGUUUCGUCAUCCAGCCAACCAUACCUUAAAGUUGUAUCUCUGACUUUGGAUCCCAAGGCUGAUCGUUCCACUACUCUCUCUCCACAUUCUCCAAAGGAAAGUAGUCCCUCUGCAUCCACUCACAGCAGAAGUCCCAAUUAGCAGGGUUGCAUUGACGCCCCACAGUUUAAGAAAUAAGAUAUAGCCCACAUUUUAAUGUUAUGUACGAAACAGGAGUAGAUUAUAUUUUAAGCAGUUAGUAGUUUGAGAUUAUUAACGUUUGGCAAUACUCAGAAAAUUCUAUUAUUGAUAAAUGGAGCAAAUAUUUAAGAAAAAUCUUGUAAUAACUAAUUGGUC